ACCAACUAAAAAAACACCGGUACCCACCCGUCUCUUCGGGGGCAUCACGGAAUCGCCCAAUGAAACAAAGUGCCCUAGAAGUUACAAACGCAGUCUGCGUAGAAAAAUGGAGAUCCUGACGGCAAGUCCAACACGAUCGGUUUCCUCAUCUUUGGGAAGUCCAUCUGAUACCGACUUGCUACUAGAACAACGCCGUGAUGGUAACUUCAUUGGAAACACAAAGGUACUUAUAGAAGAGCUAAUAAAUAAUCUACGCAGUGCCACCCAACGAGCAAUGGAUUCUGUGAAAACAUUUUCAGCGGGAAUCCAAGAACAGAGGAAACUUUUCGCGGAGAAAUUGGUCAAUGAUUUACAGAGAGUCCGUGAAAGAGUUAAUCUUGCCGUCAAAAAUGUCAGUGACAGAUUUGUAAAUGCUGGAUCAGAAGUUCGCAAUUGUAUUGAUUCUCAUAAAAGUGACCUCGAUAGUGUUUUCAAUAAUGCUGUUGAAAAAUCAAAACAAUGUGCGGGCGAUCGCGUCACGGAAAUUGGAAAUAUGAUUGAUGAACUUAUGGAAAUAUCGUCCAAUAUGACGAAUUAUACUGGUAACUCUUUGACAGAAUUGAAGAAGUGCACCGAAAACGAGCAUGGUCUUUUAGCAACGGGCACUUGUCUAAGUCGUAUCGCUAUACGAACUGAAUUCAAAGGAGCAGUUUUCUUAACCCAGAGUGGAGUUUUGAUUUCUCGCAUCAAUUUAGGUUUCUCAACAUUACCAGCCAGCCUUCAAAUAUGCGCAGGUACCAAAUUCGUUGAAGCUGGUGUCAAUUCAGCAAAGAUCGUCAUGGAAAUUGGAAGUUGUUCUGCAUCUUCAAUGUUCACUUCAUUAUCUGGAAAUAACUCUUCCUGAAUAAACGAAAACAGAUUUCGUGAAAUAAUUUCUCACGUAUACUAUUGGCAUUCAAAUAAAUUUGUUAUUAAUUAAA